AUGAAGACUUCCCUCCUUGCCUUUGCUUCCUUCACCGGCCUCCUGGCCUCCUCCCACGCCGCUCCUUUGCGCUCUAAUAAUGCCACCACGAAGCUCUCCGGCGUCGCUGCCUGGUGGGGUCAGGGCUCUGGCGCCUCUCUGGACGAGGUUUGCGGCGAGAAGUCGUUCGACAUCGUCAUCCUCUCCUUCCUGGACACCUUCUUCGGCGCCGGCGGCUACCCGGGCAUGAACAUGCAAGGCCUGUAUAGCCCUUCUCCCGCUCAGAGGGCCGCCGGUGCCACCGAUCUCCUCGACGGCACCCCCUUGGUCCCCGCGAUCAAGAAGUGCCAGAGCGCCGGCAAGAAGGUCUUCCUCAGUCUGGGAGGUGCCGACGCGAGCAGCAAGUUAGACAGUGACGAGCAGGGCGCCCAGCUGGCUGAUACGGUCUGGAACCUGUUCCUGGGCGGAACCAAGGAUGCUGCUCUGCGGCCCUUCCAGAAUGUGACUUUGGACGGAAUUGAUCUGGACAAUGAGAACCACGACCCAACCGGCUAUCUCGGCCUGGUGAACCAGCUGCGCGCCAACAUGAAGUCGGACUCGUCCAAACAGUACUACAUCUCCGCCGCGCCGCAGUGCCCGCGGCCCGACGCGUCGCUGUCGGACGACGUCCUGCAGAAGACGGACAUGGUCUGGGUGCAGUUCUACAACAACCAGCAGGCCAACUGCUGCAACGGCCAGGACGGCUUCCUGAACUCGCUGCAGGCAUGGAGCAAGGCCGUGUCGCCCGCCCAGGUCUGGAUCGGUGCGCCGGCCGCCGCCAGCGCCGUCGGGGACGGCGGAUACAUCAGCGCCUCGACCAUGCAGGCAGAGAUUGCGCAGGCGAAGAAGCUGGGCUUGAGCAACUUUGGUGGCGUGGCCCUGUGGGACGCCGAGCUGGCCAUCCAGAACGGCAACUUCCAAGAUGCUGUUGCCAGCGCGCUGGCCUCGUGA